AUGGUGAUUUGUUUACGUGCUCCAGGGAUUCCCCCCAAAAUGGCCUUUGAGACCAAUAGCAUAAACAUCAGAAUCACAGGCAGGGAUGAGGUUACUUCUUGUAACAAGCCUGAAAGAAGUGGGAGGCUACUUAUGGUUAUCCUUGCGUUUGAAGCAGCUGCUGUACUGAAAUCACUGCAGUCAGGAGGCAACUUUUGCAGGCAGAGCCAAGAUGAUCUUGCUGCUGCUGCUGCUCCUGCUGCUGCUAAUGCCCAGCGGAGCAAAUGGGAUGCUGAAAGCCAAAUGUCCAGUGGAGGUCUUCAGGCAAAAGGAUGCACUGAAUUAUUACAGGCCAGGAGACCACCUCAUUAG